AUGGGGCUCAACAACAGUGAUUCCGUGUUCCUGCUUACAGGCUUUCCAGGAAUGGAGAAGGCACAUCACUGGAUCUCCAUCCCACUAUUGAUAGUCUAUCUCUCCAUACUUCUUGGGAAUGGCACACUUCUUUUGCUCAUCAAGGAUGACCAUAAUCUCCACGAACCCAUGUACUAUUUCUUAGCUAUGUUGGCAGCCUCAGACCUAGGAGUGACUGUGACCACAAUGCCCACAGUUUUGGGUGUCCUCUGGUUAAAUCACAGAGAAAUUGGCCAUGGGAUCUGCUUUUCUCAAGCUUAUUUUAUUCACACUCUUUCUAUUCUUGAAUCUGGUAUCUUGCUUGCCAUGGCUUAUGACCGUUUUGUUGCUAUCCGAAAUCCCCUAAGAUAUUCUUCUAUCCUUACUAAUGCUAAGGUAAUGAAGAUAGGGUUGGGGGUAUUGGCAAGGGCUGGUCUGUCUAUUAUGCCAAUAAUUAUUCGUCUACAUUGGUUUCCCUAUUGUCGAUCCCAUGUACUAUCUCAUGCUUUUUGUCUACACCAAGAUGUCAUUAAGUUAGCCUGUGCUGAUAUAACCUUCAAUCGUCUCUAUCCAGUUGUUGUUUGUUUUGCAAUGGUUUUGAUAGACUUCUUCAUCAUCGUUUUCUCCUAUAUUUUGAUCCUCAAGACUGUCAUGGGUAUUGCUUCUGGAGAAGAAAGGGCUAAGGCUCUCAAUACAUGUGUUUCCCAUAUCUGCUGCAUUCUAGUCUUCUACAUAACUGUAGUGGGUCUGACAUUCAUCCAUCGGUUUGGAAGACAUGCUCCUCAAGUGGUUCAUAUCACAAUGAGUUAUGUCUAUUUCCUUUUCCCUCCUUUUAUGAACCCUCUCAUCUAUAGCAUUAAAACCAAACAGAUCCAGAAUGGUAUAAUUCGCUUAUUCUCUGUAUCUCGUUCUAGAUCAUGA